CCGGAAGUGUCCCUCCGCGCCCCGGAUGCGACCCGGCCGCUGUGGUUGCCAGGGUGACGGGCGCUCCCAAGAGCUGCUGGUACUCGCAACAGGAGAAUUAGAACAGACUUCCUUGGGCGGGCCUGGACGGCUGGGCUCGUCCUCUCGGAGUUCCCAGAAUGUUCUUUUACCUGAGCAAGAAAAUUGCCAUUCCCAAUAACGUGAAGCUGAAAUGUGUAUCUUGGAACAAGGACCAAGGUUUCAUAGCAUGUGGUGGUGAAGAUGGAUUACUGAAAGUUUUGAAGUUAGAGACACAGACAGAUGAUGCAAAAUUGAGGGGUCUUGCUGCCCCUAGUAACCUUUCUAUGAAUCAGACUCUCGAAGGUCAUAGUGGUUCUGUUCAAGUCGUAACAUGGAAUGAACAGUAUCAGAAGUUGACAACCAGUGAUCAAAAUGGGCUUAUCAUUGUUUGGAUGUUAUAUAAAGGCUCUUGGUAUGAAGAGAUGAUCAAUAAUAGAAAUAAAUCAGUGGUUCGAAGUAUGAGCUGGAACGCCGACGGACAGAAGAUUUGCAUUGUGUACGAAGACGGGGCUGUGAUCGUCGGUUCAGUGGAUGGGAAUCGCAUUUGGGGAAAAGACUUGAAGGGUAUACAGUUAUGCCAUGUAGCAUGGUCUGCAGAUAGUAAAAUCCUACUUUUUGGAAUGGCAAAUGGAGAAAUACACAUUUAUGAUAAUCAGGGGAAUUUUAUAAUGAAAAUGAAACUGAAUUGCUUGGUGAACGUCACUGGAGCGAUCAGUAUUGCCGGGAUUCAUUGGUACCACGGCACGGAAGGCUACGUGGAACCAGACUGCCCCUGCCUGGCGAUUUGUUUUGACAAUGGGCGGUGCCAAAUCAUGAGGCACGAGAAUGACCAAAAUCCUGUUUUAAUUGACACCGGCAUGUAUGUGGUGAGUAUCCAGUGGAACCACAUGGGCAGCGUGUUGGCUGUGGCGGGCUCCCAGAAGGUUGUCACUCAGGAUAAAGACGUGAACACCGUGCAGUUUUACACUCCAUUUGGUGAGCAUUUAGGCACUUUGAAAGUUCCUGGAAAGCAGAUGUCUGCACUGUCUUGGGAAGGAGGAGGACUGAAAAUUGCACUAGCUGUUGAUUCGUUUAUAUAUUUUGCAAACAUUCGACCUGAUUAUAAGUGGGGUUAUUGCUCAAACACUGUCGUUUAUGCUUAUACCAGACCUGAUCGUCCAGAGUAUUGUGUUAUCUUUUGGGAUACGAAAAAUAAUGAGAAAUAUGUUAAAUAUGUGAAGAGUCUCAUUUCGAUUACUACUUGUGGAGAUUUCUGCAUUUUGGCUACAAAAGCUGAUGAAAACCAUCCUCAGUUUGUGCUAGUUCUUUGUAAUUCUAUUGGCACACCUUUGGAUCCCAAAUAUAUCGAUAUUGUACCAUUAUUUGUUGCAAUGACCAAAACCCAUGUGAUAGCAGCUUCGAAAGAAGCAUUUUAUACCUGGCAGUAUCGUGUGGCAAAGAAGCUCACAGCAUUGGAAAUUAAUCAGAUCACGCGGUCUCGAAAAGAAGGGAGAGAAAGAAUUUAUCAUGUUGAUGAUACUCCUUCUGGAUCAGUGGAUGGGGUGCUUGAUUAUAGUAAAGCAAUUCAGGGUACCCGGGAUCCAAUUUGUGCCAUAACUGCGUCUGAUAAGACACUGAUCGUGGGUCGUGAAUCUGGCACCAUUCAGAGAUAUAGUCUUCCCAACGUUGGUUUAAUUCAAAAGUAUUCCCUUAAUUGUCGAGCCUACCAGUUAUCCUUGAACUGCAACUCUAGUCGUCUGGCUAUCAUAGACAUCUCAGGCAUUCUAACUUUCUUUGACUUGGAUGCUCGGGUAACAGAUAGCACGGGACAGCAAGUCAUUGGCGAGUUGUUAAAAUUGGAGCGGAAAGAUGUCUGGGAUAUGAAGUGGGCCAAAGACAAUCCGGAUUUGUUUGCAAUGAUGGAGAAGACAAGAAUGUAUGUUUUCAGAAACUUGGAUCCUGAGGAGCCCAUUCAGACUUCUGGAUAUAUUUGUAACUUCGAGGAUUUAGAAAUUAAAUCUGUUCUUUUGGAUGAGAUAAUGAAGAAUCCUGAACAUCCAAACAAGGAUUAUAUAAUUAACUUUGAGAUCCGGUCCUUGCGAGAUAGUCGAGCAUUGAUCGAGAAGGUUGGAAUUGAAGAUGCAUCUCAAUUCAUAGAGGACAAUCCACACCCCCGACUCUGGCGCCUACUGGCCGAAGCAGCUCUUCAGAAACUGGAUUUGCACACUGCAGAGCAAGCAUUUGUGCGCUGCAAAGAUUACCAGGGCAUCAAGUUUGUGAAGCGCCUGGGCAACCUGCAGAGUGAGUCCAUGAAGCAGGCGGAAGUUGCUGCCUACUUCGGCAGGUUCGAAGAGGCCGAAAGGAUGUAUCUUGAAAUGGACAGAAGAGAUCUUGCUAUUGGCCUUCGGCUGAAAUUGGGAGAUUGGUUUAGAGUACUCCAGCUCCUGAAAACUGGAUCUGGUGAUGCAGAUGACAGUCUCCUAGAACAAGCCCACAACGCCAUCGGAGACUACUUUGCUGAUCGACAAAAAUGGUUGAAUGCCGUACAAUAUUACGUACAAGGCCGGAACCAGGAACGUCUAGCUGAAUGUUAUUAUAUGUUGGAAGAUUAUGAAGGAUUGGAGAAUCUUGCCAGUUCACUUCCAGAAAACCAUAAGUUGCUUCCAGAAAUAGCACAGAUGUUUGUGAGGGUUGGAAUGUGUGAACAAGCAGUGACUGCAUUUUUGAAGUGUAAUCAGCCAAAGGCAGCAGUAGAUACCUGCGUACAUCUCAACCAAUGGAACAAAGCUGUUGAAUUAGCUAAAAAUCAUAGUAUGAAAGAAAUUGGAUCCCUGUUAGCGAGGUAUGCAUCUCAUUUAUUGGAAAAGAAUAAAACUCUUGAUGCCAUAGAACUCUAUCGGAAAGCCAAUUACUUUUAUGAUGCUGCUAAACUGAUGUUUAAGAUUGCAGAUGAAGAGGCAAAGAAAAGAACCAAACCGUUACGUGUCAAGAAGUUGUAUGUCCUAUCAGCUUUACUCAUAGAACAAUACCAUGAACAAAUGAAAAAUGCCCAAAGAGGAAAAGUUAAAGGAAAGAGCUCAGAGGCCACUUCUGCUUUGGCUGGUUUGCUGGAAGAGGAAGCUCUGUCUACAACUAGUCGUUUUACAGAUAAUGCUUGGAGAGGGGCCGAGGCUUACCACUUCUAUAUACUUGCCCAGAGGCAGCUCUAUGAGGGAUAUGUUGACACUGCCCUGAAGACAGCCCUUCACCUGAGAGACUAUGAAGACAUCAUCCCCGCCGUUGAGAUCUACUCUCUGUUGGCGCUCUGCGCAUGUGCCAGUAGAGCUUUUGGUACUUGUUCAAAAGCUUUUAUUAAACUGGAAUCUUUAGAGACCCUCAGUUCAGAGCAAAAACAGCAAUAUGAAGAUCUUGCUUUAGAAAUCUUCACGAAGCAUACUCCAAAAGAUAAUAGAAAAUCUGAAUUGGACAGCCUUCUUGAAGGAGGGGAAGGGAAACUGCCAACCUGUGUUGCCACGGGAAGCCCAAUCACCGAGUACCAAUUCUGGAUGUGCAGCGUGUGCAAGCACUGUGUUCUGGCACAGGAAAUAAGUAACUACAACUUCUGUCCCUUAUGCCAUAGUUCAGUGGGAUAAAGAAAUGACAAAUUCCUAUGUCUGUAAAAUACAUGUAGCAUAUAUCCAUAGCUGUGACUGUAUAUAUAAUGAUGGACUUUCAUACAUUAUAUAUGAAAACCAGCAUCAUUAUUACAUAGUUGUGUUGUUACACAAAAUUAUAUAUAUAUACAUAAUAUAUACACGUAUAUAUAUCAUACAGAUGUUAUAUAUACAUAACAUAAUUUUGUGUAAAUAUACUGCUAUGAAAAAAUGAUGCUGAUUUUCAUAUAAAACAUAUGGAAAUCAGUCUUAUUUCCUGUUAUUAUCUGUUAGGACUACAUGAUAACUAUGAAAAUAUUCCAAAUAAGAAAUUUUUCUCACCGUUUCAGGCUUACUGACUCAUCAGAAACCUUGGCGGGGUUGGGUGAUGAGAAAGCGGGAGUGGGCAAAGUUGAAUUUAGGGAAUUGACAUAAUCUGUAUUAGAAGGUUAAACAAUUGUAAUAUUAAAAUGAUCUCUAUUGUUAGCUUUGUUUCAUUAAAUAAGUAUCAAAUGCCUUCUAUAUUUUAUUUUCAGAAAUGAGAAGGCACUUUAAGAUAUUUUUUUUUAUAAUUUGAAUUGUUUCUAAUAGGCUUAUUUUUUUUGUAUAGCUUUUCCUUUUUUAUCCACCCUUUUGGCCUCAUCUGAGAGAUGGCAUUUAACGUGACUCUAUAUUAUGUAGAAAACUUGGCUCUUUUUAUAAUGAUAAAAUUUAUACAACAACAGCCAUUUUGUAGUUACAGUUUUAGUUGAAAUAUUGUCUCUAAGCAGGGCCCUUCCUUUAAACAACUCUAGGGUGCGGGGAAUGAUUCUUUCUGGGUCUUGUGUCUGUUAUGACUUAUCAUCAUUAAUUAAAAAAGAAAAAAUGGUAACCAGCAAUGGGUAAUUUCUUAACCUGUUUAUGUAACUAACAACGUUCUCUAUUUAUUUCUCAUGAACUUUGUCCUUUCAUUUUUGCGGCUGCAGGCUAAACUCUAGCACUGUGUCAUCACCAUUAUUUGCUCAAGUUUGGCUGAUGCUUAGUAGAGGUAAUGAAUAAAAGUAUGCCGCAUUGCUAUUGCAGCUGUGAUACGUAAAUUAGUCACCUCUCUCAAAGUGCUAUGUGUUGGGUACUUUAGAGACCAAUUAAGCCUGUCGCAGAUUGAGAAUAGUGAGCUCUGAGAAGAGGUUUAGAGCCUAGAUGAGCUUUCGGCAGUGAGCUCAUAUGCCUAAAUAAAAUGAGAGGACCAGAAGUCUUAGAAGUCUCUGUGUUUAAGGGCCUUGUGGGAAGUUACCGUAAUGCAAUGUUAGCCUCCAAAUAUACUACAAAGCAAGCCAUUCUAGAAGUCAUGGAGCAGAAAAGGGUACAGACCAAUGAAGAUGCUUUAAAUAACAUGGUUUAUUGAAUCAAUUUGAAAUGCACGGUGAUGGACAAGGAGAAAGUGACUGGGCAGAUUAACACUGUUGUUAGGGUAAGGUAUCAGUGGGGUAGAAAGAUUACAUUACCUGAAUCCUGAGUUAUGUUCUGUUCUUGUGUCCCGACUCCCAUUCUGCCCAGUCAGCUUCCCCCACCCAACCCCGAUAGUAUGGCUAUAAAGAGGACUGGAGCUGAGGUUUGAUCCACAUGACCCAGUCAUAUGGAAUGUGCCUGAAGCUAGUG